GGGCGCAUGCGUCGUGCUCUGGAGCCGCAGUUCGGCCGUGAGGGUGUGAGGGCGGUUAUGGCGGCUACGUUCUUCGGGGAGGUGGUGCGGGCGCCGUGCCGAGCCGGGACGGAGGACGAGGAGGAGGAGGAAGAGGAGGGGAGGAGGGAGACGCCCGAAGACGAGGAGGUGCGGCAUCAACUGGCGCGGAAGAGGGAGGUGCGGCUCCUUGGAAGACAAACAAAAACAACUUUGGAAGUUUCUCUGCUAGAAAAAUAUCCUUGCUCCAAGUUUAUAAUUGCUAUAGGAAAUAAUGCAGUAGCGUUUUUGUCAUCAUUCAUCAUGAAUUCAGGAGUCUGGGAAGAAGUUGGUUGUGCUAAACUCUGGAAUGAAUGGUGUAGGACAGUGGACACUACACACCUGUCCCCCACAGAGGCUUUUUGUGUGUUUUAUCACCUAAAAUCGAAUCCCUCGGUUGUGCUCUGUCAGUGUAGUUGCUACGUUGCUGAAGAUCAGCAGUAUCAGUGGCUGGAAAAGGUUUUUGGCUCUUGUCCAAGGAAGAAUAUGCAAGUAACUAUUCUUACAUGUCGACAUGUUACUGACUAUAAAACUUCAGAAUCUACCAGCAGUCUUCAUACUCCUUUCCUGAAAGCCCUAAAAACACAGAAUUUCAGAGAGCCUCCUUGCUGUUCACUGCUAGAACAACCAAAUAUCGUACAUGACCUUCCUGCAGCAGUUCUGAGUUAUUGUCAAGUAUGGAAAAUCUCUGCAAUUCUGUACUUAUGUUAUACUGAUGUGAUGAAAUUAGACCUAAUCACAGUUGAAGCUUUUAAGCCUGUACUUUCUUCCAGAAGCUUGAGAAGUUUGGUUAAGAAUAUUCCCCAGAGCACAGAGAUACUGAAGAAACUGAUGACAACAAAUGAGAUUCAGAGUAACAUUUACACAUGAUUCCAGAGAUUGUUUUGUAGAGUGUAUUACCCAUCCAUUCCUAUAAGGGUGCGGCGUGCACUGUUUUGUAGUUUACUUUUUCUCAGGGGGGUAUUUUGAAGAUGUUAAUAGAAUAAACUUAUUUUAAAUUCAUUGU